UCUCUCUCAAAACCGUUUCCCAGAAUUCCCUUUUUCCCCCUCAUCCUCUGCUUCCAUUUUUCUUGCUGUUUUAAUCCUCUUAGGUCUUCAAAAGUAAUGGCAAAAAAGGUUGUAAUUUUAUGUACUUUUCAGCUGAGUUUAUCUCCCAGGCUGCUUUGGGGACUAUAAUUUAAACUGGGUUCCUUCCCGUUUCGAUUCUCAUUGAGUUAUAGCCCGGUUCUUAUACUUUCUGUUUGUUUCUCGGCAUUUUCGUUGCAGAGAAAAGACAUGGAUUAUUAUUAUUAUGAUGAUGAUGAUGAUAGCCGUGUCAAUGGUGAAGCUAAAGCAGAUUCCAAGCCCUUUUCAAUAAGACAGUUUGUUGCUGAUACUAGGAGGAAAGAUGUUGUUCAUUGUUGGCCAUUUCCAAAGAGAUACUUGCAAGUUUGUCUGAAAUAUGGUAUCAGCAAUGUGUUGCCACCCUUUGAGCUGUGUAUUAAUCCGCCUGCUCGAGUGCCGAAUGAGAACGUAGGCCGGACAUGUUCCGAUCACCGAUAUAAAGAUGAAGUUUCCUUUGAAAAUAAGGUAAUUUUACUGGAGAGAUUGAUCAAAGAUGAGUGGAAUUGUAGCCAUGAUGGGAUUCUACCAAAAGGCCCCUGCCAUGAAAGCAACUUGAGCUUUGAUCACACUUCAAAUGUCACGGUUCCGGUGAAUCGAGAAUCUAGUUCUGUACAAGGCCCUCACUUUGAUGCUCAGCUGAGAAUCGAAACGGUUUCCCCCAAGAAGCUGAGACACAAGCAAAGAAAGCAUAAAGGGAGACGGAAGAAACGAUCGAUGUCUGAUAUUUUAGCAAGAGCGAAACCGUGUACUUUGGAUGAUUGCCAUACUAAAUAAACCUCUCUAAUGAUGGUAAUGGUGAAGCCAUUGAUGACAAUUC